CUCCCGCAUUCCCCUUUCCCGCAUUUCCCGCUCUCGCUUUCCCCUCUCCCGGAGCAACCUUCAGGACUACAGACGCUCUCUCCGUGGAGUCCGGUGGGAAUAUCACCGCUUCCUUCUCCCACCGCAGUGCGGCCGGUACCGGAUAGAGAAUUCCCAGAGGUGCCCGAAGAGACCCCCCACGGCCCCCCCUGCCGUGGGCGUUCUCCCCCCAGGAGCAGCCCCCACCUCGGCAACCUGCCCCCGCCUCCCUCUCCCCCGCACACCUCCAGAACCAGCCCCAAGGCCGGGCGGGGGAGCAGAGAGACCAUCGGGACUCACCGGCUAAUGGAGACCUUCACAAGCGUCCUCAGGUUGGCACAGCGACCCGGCGGGUGAGGAUGAGCGCGGAGGAGCAGAUGGAGAGGAUGAAGCGACACUGGGAAGCCCAGAGGUUCAAACCCUCCGCCCCAGGACAGAGGCGAUCGCCAGCCAUGGGACAUGAGCGAGCGACGCUGGGGCUAAAGGACAAAGCGAGCUCGAAGCCACCAUCCGGGCUGGUGCUGAGUGUCCGGCCAGUGACCAGCCUCUCCCACCCUCCCAGCCCCAGCCCUGGGGUCGUGGCCACCGACUCGCGGACCAAGCCAACCAACGGUGGGGUAACGGUGGGAGCCAGGCUGCCCGCGGAGCGCGGGGGCUGCGCUGCGUCUCCCGUCAAGGUCUCCAACAAGCUGGUGACCAUGACCCCCGCACCCCAGCGGGGGAGGGAGAGCGAAGCCGGACGGACGGCGCGGCGAGAGUGUAAACCAAGUAAGAUGGCGAUCGCCACCCACUGUGUGCGGCAGGACCCAGACUCCAUCCUGAGCCCAGGACAGAGGCAGGAACAUCAGGAAGCUCUGGAGAGGAUCAGGGCAGUGGUGACCAAGACCAGUCCCAGUGCAGUGGGAGAGCCCUGCAGCCCACCCGACGGUGAGGGGGGCGUGCGAGAGAGAGAGAGGGACCGUAUCAUUAGCCUGUCCUACGCUCUGGCUGCCGAGGCAUCACAGCGCAGCAGGUCAAUGGCAGUUAAAGCUGUAUCAGAAUCCGAGGACAGUGAGGAGGGAAGUUGGCCCGACUCCGGGGGCUCGGCGCGAGAGGAGAGCGUCCGGAUCCCGUCACAAACACGUCAGGAGACAAACAGGCCCAGCUCCGGGAGCGAUGAGGCAAGGCAGCCCCCCAGCUCGCUGCCCGAUAACCAGCCAGAGACCCUCAGCCGGGAGUCAGCGGUCACACAGAGCGCCCGCUCACGCCUCGCCCUCGCCUCGCCCGUGCCGGGUUUCCCCUCGGAGUCGGGGCUGCCGGGCGGGGGGGCAGAACACAGCCCCGAUCAGCCGGGCACCGCGUGGGGGGAGGGCACCGCGGAGGCUGGAGCAUCGCUGGAGGAGUUGCCUCACUUGUACCUGAUCUAGGAGGAGACAAUAGACACACUUGGCUACACAAGAUAUACAGUCACUACACUUGACAGUAAAUCCUGUGAAGCGCUUUGAG